UGCGCGGAAGAGUAUGCGCAGGGCGGGGCUCGCUCAUUUGAAUCCUGGAGGGGAUGUUUGAACUCCGGAGGUUCGGGGACAGAGGAGUGUAUUAGAACAUGUGCAGUAAUGUCAGCUCGAAAGAGAGUUAAAAGCUCUCAGACACCAAGAACUUCACAACAUCGUAAUAGUUAUCAGACUAAUCUCUUGGCUUGGAAACUGAAAGAGGACCUAAGCAACUCAAGGAGCACCUCGAAACAUGUACAAAACAGUCCAGUGGAAGAUUCUGAACAAGCUGAUGCUGAUGAGCAAGCAGAAGAUGCUCUGCAAAUAGCAGUAAGAUACUUUGAGAAAGGUCCCUUUAAAACUUCACGGAGUAAAGAUAAAACCUUGGAAAAACACUUGAAAACUGUGGAAAGUGUGGCUUGGAAGAAUGGGUUAGCUCCAGAAGAAAUUGACAUCCUAUUAAAUGUGGCACUCAGUGGCAAAUUUGGGAGUGCUGUAAACUCUCGGAUAUUGAGAUGCAUGAUUCCAGCAACUCUAAUAUCAGAGGAUUCUGUGGUUAAGGCGGUCUCCUGGCUUUGCGUUGGCAAGUGUUGUGGUAGCACCAAGGUACUUUUUUAUCGUUGGCUGGUUGCAAUGUUUGACUUCAUUGAUCACAAGGAGAACAUUAACUUGCUCUAUGGCUUCUUUUUUGCUUCAUUGCAAGAUGAUGCACUGUGCCCUUAUGUCUGCCAUUUCUUAUAUUUACUUACCAAAAAAGAGAAUGUCAAACCAUUUCGUGUGCGAAAACUGCUUGAUCUUCAGGCAAAAAUGGGAAGGCAGCCUUAUCUCCAUGCUUUGUUGUCGCUGUAUAAGUUCUUUGUUCCCACUUUGAUUUCUGUAUCAUUGCCUGUGAAGAAGGUCUAUUUUAAGAAUUCAGAGAAUCUGUGGAAGACAGCUCUAGUUGCUGUGAGGCAAAGGAAUCAGGAACCCUCUCCAGAACCUCUGAAGCUGAUGUUAGGUCCAGCUACUGUCCGUCCUAGAAAAAGAAAAUGGAAUUCUCAUUCACUUAUACCAGUGCUAAAUUCCAGUAGCCACAGUAAAGAAUAUGGAAAAAAAGGGAUUCGUCUUUCUGAUUAUCUCAGUAGGAAUAGAGCAUUUUCAGGAGAACAGCUUAAAAGCUUCCCUCAACUCUUACAGAACAUUCAUUGCUUAGAGCUGCCUUCUCAGAUGGGUGCAGUGCUAAACAACUCUCUGCUACUUCACUAUAUUAACUGUGUCAGAGAUGAAUCACUUUUACUGAGGCUCUAUCAUUGGUUGAGUCAAACAUUACAAGAAGAAUGUAUUUGGUACCAGGUGAAUAAUUAUGAAUGUGAAAAAGAAUUUACCAACUUCCUGGACACUAUCAUCAAGGCAGAGUGCUUCUUACAAGAGGGAUUUGAUUCCUGUGAAGCAUUCCUGUAUAAGAGCCUUCCUCUCUGGGAUGGCUUCUGUUGUCGAUCACAGUUCCUUCAACUUGUGAGCUGGUUUCCUUUUAGCAGCUUCUCUGAGGUGAAACCAUUUAUUUUUGACCGUCUGGCACAGCUCUUCUUUACAUCAACCAUUUAUUUCAAGUGUAGUGUUCUUGAGAACCUGAAAGAGCUACUGCAGAAUUGGCUGUUGUGGCUUUCUAUGGACAUCCACCUGAAAACUGUGACGGACAGUUCUCUAGAGACAACUUUCAGUGGAUCCAUGCAGUCUGUGUUUGAACUAAUUCACUAUGUAGGGUGGCUGUCCACUAAUGCAUUGCGCUUGGAAAGCAACAGUACUUUCUUGCUGCACUUUGUUUUGGAUUUCUAUGAGAAGGUGUGUGACAUAUAUAUAAAUUAUAACCUUCCAUUAGUGGUGUUGUUUCCUCCUGGGAUCUUCUACCUUGCACUCCUCAGUCUGGAUUCCAGUAUCCUAAACCAGCUCUGUUACAUUAUGCACAGAUACCGUAAUAAUUUGACAGCUGCAAAGAAAAAUGAGUUGAUACUAAAGAAAAAAUCAGAGUUCAUAUUCAGCAGCAAGACCUAUCAAGAAUAUAAUCACUAUUUGACAGCCAUGGUUGGUUGCCUGUGGACAUCCAAACCCUUCCAGAAAGGAUCGUAUUUUGAUCCCGAAGUCUUUAAAAUGAUUGGAGUAGCAAAGUAUAAAACCAGUUUAAAUUUAGUCCAUCACCCUGCUCUAUUGAGUUAUGCUAUUUCCUUUUUGCUAAAGGAAUACCCAGAAGAAAGGACAGUAAACGUGAGCUCCAUUCGGGGAAAGAAAUGGAAUGAGUAUUUGGACUAUUUAUUUUCAGAGGGCUUACAAGGCUUGAAACUUUUCAUACGAAGUAGUAUUCGUCAUUCUUCUGUCCCCUGACAGACAGCAUAAACUCCAUGAUCAACAUGAAAUGAAUGCUGACAGAAACAAACCAAGCAUACUGGACUAAAUUCCUUCCUCGUUGCCAGAGAGGCCAAGUGGCUCACCUUGAGUUUCCAUAUACUUUUUACUAACACACUGUCAUCCUCAGGUAGUGCUUGGGCUGGCCUUUGAUCGUGGCUCAGGAGAGCUUUGAUGUGGCUAGCUUUGCUUUUCGGGGUCUAGAUUCUUUAAUGCACUAGCGAAAAAUGAUUUAAUCAUCAGGCUCUAUCUUUCACCAAAUUAUAUAUAAAGAGAUAUAUCCAUUAUGUGGUGGGAUUUUUCACAUUCUUGUGGAGUAUAAGCUGCCUUGAUGGAUGACAGCAGGUAUUAAACAGUAGCAGUUAAGCCGCAGACAUACUUAUGCAAAAUACUCUGCUGUCUCUAUGAAACCUCCAUUGAUACUGCCAUUUUUCUGACUGUGAGCAAUAGCACCAACACCAAGUUAAUAAGUAGUUGGCUGAUUCCUUGGUUUUCACUGGUAGCAACUUAAUGAGAGAAGGAAGGAGAGAGAAUUGUGGAGUAAUCAAGACAUCCCUACGCAUUACGGGUUUGAUUUCAUGAAACUGCUCUGGUUUUUGUGUAUAUAUGUAUAUACCCCAUUUUUAAGUGUUUAGGCAACUUUAUUUUCAGGAAUAAUUCUGAAGCCUUUUUAAAAACUUGGUAAUAGCUAGAAUAUCUUGCUGAAAAUUUACUUUAAAUUUUGCUUCAGUGCUACUGAAUAACUCUCUCUUUUAAUAAAAUUCAUAUCAUUUGAGAGAAAUCAAGUAAGAUUUUUUAUUUUAGGGCACAUUUUUAUGGUUCUUUUUUCUUUUAAAGCAAAAUCCUAAACUAUAUUAUUGGAUAAUGUUCAGAAUAGAAUCUCAUUUAUCAAUUCAUUUUUUUGAUUCAAUACAUGUUUACUGAGCAUAUUGUAUGCCAGGUGUUCUGUGUGCUGAUUAUAACAGCUGUCACCUACAAAGUACUUGCUUUUGUGGAAUUUAGUAUAUCCCAUUGGAGAAGACAGACAAUAAAACAGUAAAUAAAUAUAUAAAAUCAGUUGCUAUAAAGAAAAAGCAGGUAAUAGAAACAGAAUGUUGAGAGGAUUGCUAUUUUAGAUAAGGUGGUUAAAGAAGGCCUGUUUGAGAAGUGACAUAUGCAGAGGCCAUAAUGAAAUAAGUGUAUGAGCCAAGUGAAUAUUUGGGGAAAGCAUUCUGGGCAGAGGUAAAGGCAAGUGAAAAGGCUUAAAAAUAUUAACUUUCUUGGCCUGUUUGAAGAAUAAUAGGCCAGUAAGAUAAAAACAGUGAUUAAGGAAUAGGAGUGGUAAGAAAUGAAAUAAGAGGAAGCCAGAGAAUACUUCAUGAAAGUCCUUAUAGCCCAGAAUGGAUAUAUAAUGGGAAGCCAUAAUUUGACUAACCUACUAAGUAUAUGGAACUAUAGUGUGAAGUUAGACUGAAGAGGAUUUAGGGUGAAAGAGAGACCAGUUAGGUUAUUACAGUGUUCCAGGUAAGAGUCUUAGAUUAGCAUGGUUGAUGAAGAGGAAAUGUUUAGAUAUUGAAUUCAGACUCACUUUAAAGGUAGAGAAGAUAUUGAUCUGCUGAUAACAGGUAUAAGGAGAGGGAAAGAGAUGGGUAAAGGAUGACUUUUAGAUUUUUGAGCAACUGGGUAAAUACUGGGAUGCAGAGAGGAGGCAUACUGGAAGAAGAACCAGUGUGGAGGAGUGUGGAAUCAGGAGUUCUGUUGUGACCAUGUUAAGUUGCAGAUGCUUAGUAGUCAGCUGAAUAUCCAAGUCUAGAUUUCAAGGUGCAAGUUGGAAUUGGCAAAAUUAAUUUGGGAGUUAUUAGUGGAUAGCCACAACAUUGGAUGAGAUCAUUUACUAUAGCUGGAAAAGAGAAGGUGGCAAAGGACUGAGCUUUGGAGUGUGCCAAUAUUAAAAAGCAGAGAGGGGGAGGAACCGGCAAAAGACUGAGAAGGACCCUCCAGUGAGCUAGAAGAAAAGUCAGGGACUGGUGUGCUGGAAGCCAAGUGUAGAAAAUGUUUCAAAGGAGUGUUUAAUGGUGUGGAAUGUUUACCUGAAAAAAAGAAGCUUUAGCUGAUUCGAAGUAAAUGUGAUAGCUUCCCCAAUGGGUAACCUCAUAUAGAGAGGCCUCUUUUGUUUUUAAGUUUGUACUCCAAAUAACUUCCCAUAUUGUUUUUCAGAACAUGAUAUUUUGGUCUUUAAGAUGAUAUAGAACUUUAAUUAUUGAAGGGAUUUGAUUAUUUAACCCCUAAUAAUCUUCAGAUUAUCAAAGGAAUCUUUUCUAAACUUAACUUUAUGUUCCAGAAGAAAAAAUAUAUUUUUCCUUAGGUUUGUCAUUUGUUCAAUAAUUAUCCCCUGGGUGCCCUGGCUGGUGUGCUCGUUCAGUGGUUAGAGUGCUAGCCCGUGCACCGAAGGGUC